AUGGAGUGGACUUCUUCAUCACCUCCACCCAUUCCUUCUCUCAUUCCUUUUCAUGUUGCACCUAUUGCUAGUGACUCACCUCCUCUACAGGUUUAUCAGCACAAGAAGAAGGUUAGACAGCCGAGUGUAGAUACCAAUGCUCCAGAUGAUUCAUUUCCUCCAUUGCCACCUUCCUCUGGUGAAGCUCCUCCUCCUUCUCUGCCUGAUGACUUAUCAAUUGCUCAAAGGAAAGGCUUAUCUACAGCAACACUUUCAGACAAAGGACUUAGGCCAACUUCACUAUUUUUUGGGAUUGAAGUGAUCCGAUGCAAGAAAGGGAUCAGUCUGUCUCAAAGAAAAUAUGUGUUGUACCUUUUAUCUAACACUGGUAUGCUUGCAUCCAAACCUAUUGAUAUCCCUAUGGAUCCUCACCAAAGGUUUGAGGUUAAUGAUGGCGAACCUCUCCAGGAUGUGCAUCAAUACAAGAGUUUGAUUGGAAAGCUGAUUCAUCUUACUGUGACUCGUUAUGACAUCUCCUAUGCUGUUGGAGUCCUCAGUCAAUUCAUGCAGUCUCCGCAAAAAGCAUAUUGGGACGCGGUUGUUCGUGCUCUUCGCUACCUAAAGGGUGCUCCUGGAAAAUGGCUGAUCUAUCGUCCUAAUUGGCAUAUGGAACUAGUUGACUAUUCUGACUCUGAUCGAGCUGGCUCUGCUAGUGAUCGUAGGUCCAUUACGGGUUAUUGCACAUUUGUUGGAGGUAAUCUGGUUACAUGGUAUAGUAAGAAGUAG